AUGUGUUUGAUUGUCUUCUCGCACCGAGAAUCAUAUAGGCAUAAAUAUAAAUAUAAAUAUCCAUAUUUACAUCCAGACAUAUAUCACGGUAUCAUAACUUGGCUAGAAAACAUGUCUGUGCCCUUCAAGUAUCGCCAGCAUAUUCGUGACAUACACGAGUCCUUCCACGAUGGAAAGCCCAUCUCCGAGGAGGAACUGAUGAGCGUCAUGGACAUCAUUGCGUCAGCUGAGCAUCAGGCUCUUAUCGACCAGUAUCGGGCCAAGUGCCCGCUGAACUCAAACAGUUUUCUCUCCCUCAUGUAUGAACUACAGAAGGCCUCAAAAAUCUCGUACGACGAUCUGGUAUGGAAUUACAUCCGGGGGGCUCUCAAGAGGGGUGUUUUCAACGGUGAGGACCGCACGGACCUAAAAACUCUCCGCUCAACGCUCGAUCCCUUGAUGCGUGCGGUACGCCUGGACGUACCGAACCUCUACAAGGCACACGCCCCUCCCGAUGGUGAGGGCAAGAUCACCGUUGACCAGCUCUGUGAUGUGUUCCGUGCCAUGUACCCCGCAAACCAAAUUGUCUACCUGGAGAUGUACAAGUGGUCACGAACGAAAAAAGUGACGAAGGGCCGAGGAAGCAUCACUGAACUCGCCAAGAAUUUUGAAGUUAUGACGCCCCCUCCCUUUGCGGUUUCCGCUCCACCGGCAGUACCUACGUCGCUGUCAGUAUCCAAACCGCCACAGCCGAGGGAGGAUACGCCAAGUGAAAUGCUUAAGGCAACUAUCAAUGCGGCUGUCGUCGAUGACUCCACGGAGACGGCCAGCACCCAGCAGAGGUCAUUGCGGACACAAGAAAAGGAGUUCACUACGGAGCCACGGGAGGAAUUAGAAAGGCUGUCGCAGUUACCUGAAGAGGGCCCAAAUCUACCAGAUCGAAGCGUACCCACGGAAAAAUGGAAGAGUACCUCCGAGGCCGAUGGAGAGGCGAAGAAACCAGCAGUUGAAAUUCAGCUUCCCGACGUUGGUGAAACAAACCUGAGAGACUCAACAAACCCCAAAGUAGAGGAAAAUACCGAGGCAUCAUCGAUCAAAGAGACAGAAGCAAACAUUCAACUCACCCCAUCGUUAUUUUCUGAAAAGAAGUUGGAAAAUGGGACGGUCUUCUCCACAUCCCUGCCUGCCGCGACAUUUCCAUCCCCUCCUCUGGAUCCCCAUGAUCAGCAAGAGCCACUGGAGGGGGAGAAAGACGCAGUCAAAAAUUUUAUAGCCUCAGAGAGACCAUCUGUUUCGGUCACUUCUCUUGGUUCCUUUCCGUAUUGUGAUCUUCCGCCGAACGUACAAGUGGAGCGGCGGCCCGGACUCAAUUUUAAUCCCUCCUAUAUUCGUGAUAUGGAGCCACCCGUUCGGAAGCAUAAAUCCUCCACUGAUGGGGAUAAUAAAUCAUCGCUACCACCGAGGCUUCGAGGGCAUGAGGAACAGCCUGCAUGGGAGCACGAGGAGGUGCUGCUGGAUGCCAUGUUGUCUCGUGUUGUUCCAGGAAAGCCGGUAGAUUCUCAAGUGAUGGAAUAUCUUAAAGAGCUCGCGAGACAAGAGGGGGAGCUUGAGUCAGCCCUGCGUGCUGAGAUGGAAAACCUAACGUCCAACAUGCUGGCCUGCGAGAUUGUUGAGCAACGAAUGAUGAUCCUGCGCGCUCAGAGACAGGCACAAUGUUUUGAUCGAAUGGAAUCACGACGGUGUAAGCUUCUGGAGGAGAUGGAGAAGUACCUGUCAGGGUCGCGGAAAGCACAUGGGCAGAAUAAAGUUCUUCUUGCCGGUAUUAAAGAGAGUGGCAUGGUGUCGUGCAGGAAGGAUGGCCAUUCAUCGGAUCACGACGGCAACUCCACCAAGGCACGAGAGAAGUCGACGGAUUUUGUGUCCAUGUUCACCCCGCCGCCGCCACUGUUGUCGGCGGAGCGCCAACGUAGCACGUUGAAGCGGGACUUGCGACUGGGGGAGAAACUGCAGAGGAUGCAAAGUAGGUCCCCCCGGCCUGCGUCGAUGCGGAGGGUUUCUCUACCGCAAGAUCCACAUUUUCAGACCCAGCAGCUUCCUUCAUGUAUGGAAACGGAGUUCCUUCAGCGUAGCCCCACCUCGCACUCGUUUGGCAACACGUCACAGCGGGGUCGCUGGGCCAAGAAGACAACACCGCGACAGCCUGUACCUGUUGUGCACAGCCGCCCUAUUCAACAACAAAAAAAACAACACCUUUCACCACGACAUUUUGGUGGGGAGGACUUCACUAUUCUUGUGAAUUCAGGCGCGCGGUCGUCGCAGUCACCGCUGCCACGACAAACUCCAAACCGGGGAGUCCAUCCACACCUCACAACAAGGAUGGCGGCUGAAGUAUUGACAAGUUCACAGUUGCAGCGGAAGAUCGAGGAGCGCCUGGAAGCACGUUUUUCAAAGGCUUUUCAGGCCCAUUAG